CAACCACCACUACUACCACAACCCUAUUGUCAAACAAGUGCUUGUCGCCCUUUUUUCCUCCUUUUUGUCUGUUCGAGAUUCUUAACUGUCUUUUUUUACUCCCUUCCGCCGGUAUCCAAGCGAGGAGGUCAAACGGACCACCACCAUACCUCCUAGCGACAAACGACCCAACCCCCUCAUCCAACAAAACAUGGGAAAGAAGAGCAGGUGGGAGAAAAGUUCGGCCACGGCGCCUUCAUGCAGCAAUAUUGACCCCUCGUUGGCAUCUCUAUUUGAUCUGAGUUUUGGUGCAGUUCAAGUUCCACAAAAAGCUUCCAUUGAAAGUACCCGAUCGAACAAAGCUGCGGAAGGUGAGCCAGAAGAGGAUGAUGAGGACCUUUCGGAGGUUGAGGGGUCUGAUCUAGAGGAUACUUCGGACGGCGAGGCCGCAAACGAUUCCCAAUCGGGAAAAGACGAUGAUACGAAGGAUUUGCGAGCCACGACUGCGCCGGGGGAUAAGAGGCAGAAACGCAAGAGACGGAGCGACAAGGGAGAAAUUGAGGAUAUCUAUCUACAGAAGCUACAAGAUUCCCAGGAUGCCGAGGACAAACGGCGGAUGUCAAAAAGGACUAGGACUGAGGCAGAGGACGAAGAGUUCAGAGAAAGUGACGAGGAUGACAUCGAUGUUGAAAAGGAGGAACCCUCAGCCAAGCACGAAUCUCUCGCAAAUCCUGGAGACGUCGAGCUCGACAAGUCUUCCAGGACAGUUUUCCUAGGCAACGUCCCCUCCGCAGCGAUUUCAUCCAAGAUAAUUUCCAUCCGGUUCCGCAGCGUAGCCUUCAGCGAGCAAAUCCCGCGAAAGGCCGCUUUCGUGACUCACAAACUACACGAAAAGCAGCAAACUGUAAACGCUUACGUCGUCUACUCCACCCCGGUCGAAGCCCGUGAAGCUCUAAAGCUAAACGGAAAGGUAGUCCUCGACCGGCACAUCCGGGUCGACUCAGUCGCGCACCCAUCCCCCCAGGAUCCCAAACGCUGCGUGUUCAUCGGGAACUUGGAUUUCGAGGCUCAAGAGGAGAAUUUAUGGCGACACUUUGGUACCUGCGGGAAGGUGGAGAGUGUGCGUGUUGUUAGGGACGCCAAAACAAACGUUGGGAAGGGGUUCGCGUAUGUUCAGUUUGAGGAUCCCAUGUCGGUAGACGAAGCCCUCCUCCUAGACUCCAAAAAGAUGGCCAACGACCGAAAGCUCCGCGUCUCCAGGGCGAAAACCAUAAAGCGAAACCAAACGGGCAAACCAGACCCUCCCUUAUCCGAUAAACGUUCCUCGAGGAGCAAAGGCGUAUACAUCCCAAAGCUCGAUCCGAAAACUAAAAACAUCAUCGGUAGGGCGCACAAACUCCUCGGGAGAGCCGGCGCCGCCCAACUGAAAUCACAGAGCGAAGUCUUUGAAGGACUGAGAGCUAGUGCGAACACCGAUUCCGGCAUUAAAAAGGGAGGCUCAGGGAAGAAGACCGGGAAACCGAGGUCAAGAGCUAGAGCUGCGGCUUGGAAGCAGAAGGGGAACCACCGGUAAACUUAUCACAAGUGAUUGGGAGACGGGUUUUUGUAUAUAUAUUCUAGUAUGGUAGUGUGGUAAAUAAGUGAAAGGUCUUGUUGGCCGUUUGGGAAUGAA